UUCAUUCUUUCUGUCAAAUCUGUCAUUCGUAAAAUAACAAUUACAAGCAUCUAGAAUUAUUAUAAUUGACUCGAAAAACAAAGUAUAAUAAAAAGUGAGUUUAUAAUUAGGCCUAUCAUUUAUUAUUAGUUUUUCUACUAGCCUAUGUUAUAACUUCUAUAAAAUUCUCACAUAAUGACGGACGAGCGUAAUUUUCGUUCUUCAUACUAUGAAAAAGUAGGAUGCCGGGGUGUAGAAGAGAAAAAAUCAUUGGAAAUCCUGAUGAAGGAGAAACCUUGGGACAGAGUUAAGCUGAAACAGUUUUGCUUAAGAUUUACUGUACCUGUUGCAUACAGACAAUUAGUAUGGAAAGUAUUACUCGAUAUCCUACCAGUGUAUCCAGACUCCCACCAGUUUGUCACAAUGCAACGGACAGAACAGUACAAUGACUUAUUAUAUGCUGUGGAAAUGCUAAGAUUAGUCAAGAUGGACGCUCCCCGCAGUAAGAUCCUAUUUGAAAUGUGGUUGCUGGAGAAUGAGGAAAGGAAACCACCAAUAUUUCCUGAAACAAACUUCUCUUCUGCUGACACAUUCAUUCCUAUAGCAGAAACCUUGCAAGAGUUAUAUACAGAAGAAGUAGACAUAUACUGGUUGACAAAGAGUCUUACAGAUAUAGUAAAAAAUAUGCAAAGGGACUUGCAUAAACUUAAGGAAGCAUUCCAAAGCAUGUUAGAGAAAGAAGAUGAUGAGCUUUAUAACCAUCUUGUAGACAUCAAUGCUUUGGAAGUAUUACCUUUGACAAAGUGGUUCAAUUGCUGUUUUGCUGGGGUCUUAGAUGAUACUUCUCUCGCCAAAAUAUGGGAUAAAAUUUGUAGUGGUGCUCCUAAAAUACUGUCUUUUGCUGCUGUGAUGUUAGUAAUAACCUUGCGGCGAAAUAUAUUGAAGGCGAAAAAUGCUGAAGAAGUGCUCAAAUGCGUGUCUGAGAUACCAGAACAAUGCGAAGAAGUUGUUGCUAACAAAGCGAUUGAUCUUUGGCAGUAUUACGGCGCUCAACCACAAAAUGAUCAGUUAGCGAAGAAAUGAUGUAUGACCUUCUAAUGAGUUUAUCUCAUUAGAAGUAAAAAAAAGCAAUAAUUGCUACAGAUUUUGGUGUUUGAAAAAAAGUCUAAAUUAUUAUAAAGGACUUUUGUACUAUGAGUACCCAUAGUAAUAUAUUGAAAAUACAUAUUUUGGUCAUAUUAAUGUGGCAUAAAAUUUUUUGAAUCCUUGUAGCUAAAUAGGUACUAAUUAAAAAUUUAAUGUAGGAGAUAUUAAAUAUAAAAUCAAUUCUAAAA